AUGCCCCCCCCCCCCCCCCCCGAUUAUUUUUCCUUUUUUUUUAAUUUAACAAAUCACAACUUUUUCUCAAAAUUUUACCUUAAUUUUUUAACUUUUCAGUUUCUAGCCUUUUAUUUGACUGGCGGGGUUUUUGCUUCACUUGUUUCACUUUGUGUUAAAUCUUUUACAAAAUCAUUAUUGCCAUCACUUGGUGCAAGUGGAGCUAUCGCUGCUUUAAUUGGUUAUGUUUGUAUUGUGGCAUCAGAUGCUAAAAUUAGUAUUUUAUUUCUUCCACAAUUUCAAUUUUCUGCUGGAAAUGCUCUAAGUGGAAUUCUUUUAUUUGAAACUGCAAUGCUUUUUGUUGGAAUAUUUACAAAAUUUAGAAUUUUUGACAAUGCUGCUCAUUUGGGUGGACUUCUAUUUGGAAUUUGGUAUGCUGAAAGAGGCGAAGAAUUUUAUCGACAAACUUUUGCACCUAAAUUAGUCAAUUAUUGGAAGAUAUCUGGCCUUGGCGGAUCUACAAAAAGGGAUGAUACGCCUAUUAUUAUUUUUGAUGGUAAAAAACAUAUUCAUACAACUUUGGACAAAUUACAUCAAAAUCAAAAAGAAAAUGACCAACAAAAAGAGGAUCUUCAAAAUUUUGAAUAUCACAAACACAAUAUUGAUGAAUUAAAAAACAGAAUUGAUGAAUUGAGAGAAAAGGGUGAACGUUUAGAAGCUGAUAAUGAGAAAAAACUUCGGGCAAUUACUCAACAAUUGAUGAGACGUAAACAUUGGGAUGAAUAUCAAAAAGAGAAAAAAGAAAAGCAAAAACAUAGAAAAGAACGAAUUCUUGAAGAACGAAAAAAAAUGAGAAUGGAAGAGGAUGAAGGAGAUGAGGAUGAAUAUCAAAAUGAUAGGGAAGAAAGAUAA